AUGCCUUCUCCUAAGGUUUGCCAUGUGGUUCCUCUGAAUAUUGUGUCAAGGCGUGAUAGAAACUUACAUGAAUCCUCUUCAACCCAGAACACUUCGUUUGAUGAGCUCCUGCGCCGGUGCAAUUUUGACUGGGCUGAAGAUGUAGAAGACGCCGAGAUCAGCGGUAAUUUGCCCAUGGCCGCUACGUCAAACUUUCUUGAUUACUCCUUGCCAAAGGCAAACCUCCACUAUGGAAUCCAUCCCACUCCUCGUCAUCUCCCGUAUCCAAAGUACAAGCCAUCACUUCCAACUGUUUAUGAAGAGGUCUGGAAUGAGCCAUGGGGCUGGGUACAUGGCACCCCAGAUAUGACCUCUAGCCUUUCGGAGAGAAUAUUUGAAGAGUCCCACGAUGAUAGUGGUACUACUGAGCUCUCAACUUACGAGUGGUCUCUCACCAAUGGUGAGUUAGCCCAGGAACUGCUUACAGCCAACAGCGAGCCAGAGCUCCAUUUAGUUGCGCAACAAUCUAUCGACAACAUCUUUGCGGACCGUCAAGCAUGGAUGGAUGCCGAUGCAGAAAUUCAUCAUUUCAAUUGGAUGGGACUACGAGUCUACACCCACAGCGCGACCUCCCCGUCUGAUUCGCUAGCCAUUAUCUUCGUAAAACCCAAGAACCCACAGGGAGGUUCUAUGUGGAGAGUUCAGUCAGUUCUGAACCGAGCCGCACAGUACAUUGACCCGGUGCUUGUGUUUUUGGAUGACACAAACGAAAGUUUGUUUGAACUCCGGGGCUCAGAGCUUGUUCGUGCAUCCACUGGACGUGUUUUCAAAUUUUAUUCACCUCAUGGGAGGUGGAUGGAGGGUUCGAGCGAUACGAGCGACGAAACCAUGAUUGAUUUUGGCAACACCCGGACUUACGAAGCGACAGGUUUGGCCGUUGGAAAUGGCUUUGUAGAGUCGAGUGCCAUUCACUCACUGUCAAAAUGGACUGAAUGCCGUGACGAAGCCUCUCAUAAUACCUCUGGGGGGUUGAGUCAGCUUCCCCGAAGGAUGACUUGGGUACGGAAUCCUUCGCCACUGCGACAAUGCGAAUCAAUUUCAGACCCGGAACACUCUGAUUGCCCAAGCCCACCAGCCACCAGGCAGGUAAAGAGGCCUCCUCGUAAGAUCACAACUUGUGUCGCUGGGGCACCCUAUGAGGAAUAUUUUUCCUUCCCGACUCCUGUCUUUGGUCGACGUAGUGCAAUCAAAGAAGCAUUCGGAAAGGUGCAGCGGGGAUUGAAAUCGAUUCUCAGGUCACUCAAGCACACUCUGCGUUAG